ACCUUCUACCACCAUGGCUAUUCCUUCCAGCGACAUCGACUCGUUUUCUCCAGAUGCGAUGCGUCUUUUUUAUCGUCGCUUAUACCCAUUUCGCUCCAUAUUCACCUGGUUAAACCAACAACAUGCUCCAACACGCUUGUUCACCCACCGCGAAUUCGCUUUUACGCUCCCAGGGGAUAUCUACCUUCGGUACAACUCAUUUCCAAAUGCAGAAGAGCUGAAAAAGCAGGUCUGCCAUCUCAAUCCAUCUCGAUUCGAAAUUGGACCCAUGUACAGCGUUCGCCCAAAGGAUCGGAGAACUGCGCGUCAAGGGGCAUUCUUCCCUGUUCAACGUGAACUGGUAUUUGAUAUCGAUAUGACGGAUUAUGACCCCAUUCGCACAUGCUGUUCAGAGACUGCUAUCUGUAGGCGUUGCUGGGGUUUCAUAUCUGCCGCUGUCCACGUCUUAGAUACGGCCAUUCGGGACCAGUUUGGAUAUCAACACCUACUAUGGGUCUAUUCUGGUCGACGUGGAAUCCACUUGUGGGUAUCAGAUAAGGAAGCGAUGGAGCUGACCGACGAGGAGCGGAGGGCAAUGGUUAAUUGGCUGACAGUCGUGCAGGGUGGGAAGGAGCCGGGGAAGAAAGUCAACGUUCGUAUUGGUUCUCGGGCUCUACCACCGUCGCUGCAAGAAUGCCUACAAGACCUUGCUGAGGUUUUUACCGAUCUUAUCCUCCAAGAUCAAGAUUGUUUUGCCACGGAAGAGGGAUAUGAAGCUCUUUUAAAGCUUCUACCCGUUCCUGAUGUUGUCGAUGCUCUUCGGACCAAAUGGUCGGCUGACCCGACGCGGUCCUCGUCAGAGAAAUGGACAGACCUCAAAGCUCAGAUAAAAAAGUCGUCGGAAAAAGCAACAUUGACGGCAGCAUUAGAAGAUAUCAUUCUCCAGUACACCUAUCCUCGCCUCGAUGCAGAGGUCUCGAAACAUAGAAACCAUCUGCUCAAGGCACCUUUUGUUGUACACCCCGGGACAGGCCGAGUCUGCGUGCCCGUCGAUCCGACGAGUAUAGAGGAGUUUGAUCCGGAGAAAGUGCCGACAGUGGGUCAGCUACUCGAAGAGCUAAAUCACAUUGAGGGUAAGGAAGAAUCCGGAGACAGUGAUUCUGAUUGGCAAAGAACAUCCUUGAAACCUUACGUCGAAAUGCUAGAUAAACAUGUUGCAAGCAUCAUGAAUGACAUCCGAAAGGUGAAACUCGAAAAUGACAUGUCAUGGUAAUGUUUACAUGCCGCCACCCCUGCCGUUACUGGUCAUUUUUCCUGCAUUUACUUUCUGUAACUAAUGGUGUACAUCUUAUUCUGAAUUCCAUAUAUAACUACUCGGCCAGUAACCCAAGACG